AUGUCGGCGACAAUGUCUUCAUACGUGGUGGAUCUGAUGUGGCAGCUCACCAACUGCUUCAACUGCUUCCCGAGCAAUCCCGCCCUCAAGAUCAAUGGCCGCUCAUACAAGAUCCUACGUCUAUUGGGAGAGGGUGGCUUCUCAUACGUCUACCUGGUGCAGUCACCGCCGUCGCCAAAUCUCUACGCCUUGAAGAAGAUUCGAUGUCCAUUCGGAGCAGAGUCGGUGGCUCUGGCGCUCAAAGAGGUCGAAGCAUACAGCUUGUUCCAGCCGCAUCCCAACAUCAUCCACGCCCUCGAUCAUGCCGUUAUCCCGGAUCGCAGCGACCCGUCCGCAAAGACGGUCUAUAUCCUUCUUCCCUACUAUCGUCGCGGUAACCUGCAAGACGCGAUCAAUGCCAACCUUGUCAAUGGCGCAAAGUUCCCUGAGCGCAGGUUGAUGGUUCUGUUCCGUGGUGUCUGCGAGGCAUUACAGGCAAUGCACAAUUACAGGGUCGGCCGUGCUCCGGGUGGUAAAGGCAACAUUAUGAUCUCCGACGACGGCCAAUCACCCAUCCUCAUGGACCUUGGCUCACUAGCCCCUUCACCCACUCCCAUCACGUCACGCACCCUCGCCCUCCAAGUCCAAGACACAGCCGCCGAACACAGCACCAUGCCCUACCGCGCCCCCGAGCUCUUCGACGUCAAAACCGACUCUGUCAUCGACACAAAGGUAGACAUUUGGAGCUUAGGCUGCACACUAUACGCCUGUCUAGUCGGCAAAUCGCCGUUCGAAGCCCGCAGCGAAGAAACAGGUGGAAGCCUUAGUCUGUGUGUUUUGGGCGGUGACUGGAGAUUCCCAGACGAGCACAAUGCGCAAGCGAACAAGAGUAGGGGAAAGCAAAAGAUGCCGACAAAUUCGGAUGCUGCGGCUGUGAAGGAUGCGCCCAUUACGGAGAUGAUCAAGGAUGUGGUUAGGAGGUGUUUGAGGGUUGAGCCGUCCGAGAGACCGGAUGUUGAUGAAUUGCUUUCCAUGGUUGACGAUGUUAUUGCCGCUCUGCCAGAGGACGGCGAUCCAUUGGAAGAUUAG